AGAAGUAUGGGAACCUUUGCCAUCUUCUGAAUACGUAUCUCCGAAAGGUUAAACCCUCUCGUGUCUACUAAGUUCCCAUCUACAAAAAGUCGACCAUUCCUCUGAAAUGUAACGACUUCUACAGAAUCCCAAUCAACUCCCCACCCUUACAGAAGGCUUACGUCUCUCAUUCCAACCUUGAUACAACGCAACUGUCACACCCCCAGCCCGCUCAUAUCGCUCAACAACAAAAUGGCGACUUCCAAUAUCCGUUUCUUGGUUCUGUCCGACACCCACGACUCUGCCUUCCCUUCGGAGCUCCCUCCGGCAGAUGUUGUCCUCCACUGCGGCGAUCUAACUAUGAUCGGCGGCAUGUCGAAUUACGAAGCUGCCAUCAAAAGCCUUUCGAGUUGCGACGCUGAACUCAAGCUCGUGAUUCCCGGAAACCACGAUGUAUCUCUGGAUCCCACGUGGUGGGCCAACAACGCAGAUGAAGACGACGAUCUCGAGGAGCCAAAGAAAGCGAUCGAUUUGUUCAACCAAUCCGGAAUCAAUCUCUUGAGCGAAGGAUACCAUGCUUUCACUCUCAAGGACGGGCGUUCCUUCACUCUAUAUGCCUCGCCUUACACACCCGAGUUCAAUGGAUACGCGUUCUCAUACGGUGCGAACGAAGACAGAUUCAACCCGGCCGAAACAACACUCUUAGACCUGAGCAAAGUAGUCCGCGGUCCGAAGCCAAUCUCCUCGGAAGUCGAUAUUAUGAUCACGCACGGCCCCCCACAGGUCCCAGGCGAAGACUACCGCCUCGAUCUCGACGGCAAGGGCGCUCAUUGCGGCUGCCCAAAGUUAUGGAAGGCGGUUCAACGCAUUCGCCCACGACUCCACUGCUUCGGCCAUCUCCACGAGGGCUACGGAUCCCAAGUGGUUGAAUGGCAUGCCAACGGGACACAAAGCAUUGCAGAUCCGGUCAUCAAGGAGGGGAAUAUCAUCAUGGCGCCGGAGAAGGAGGCUCGCAAGACAUUACUCGUCAAUGCAGCAAUCAUGGAUCACCACGGCGAAAACAACAACCUCUGGUUGGUGGACUACUAGGGCAUGCAACGAGUUUGGUCUUGUCUGGGUGGGGUAUGGAGAUGAGCAGCUUCAAGGAUAAGGUAGCUGAAGGAGAUAGGUAAAGGAUGGUGCUGAGGUCUUUGGUCUUAGGGAUUAUCUCACCUCGAAGAAACGCGGCUUCGUUUCGGUCUCGCCGAUUUCGGUGGAUCAUGAGCUGGAUACUCUACUCCAUGAUAUCUUAUUCGGCAUGGCAGUCACAACCACACUGUACCCAAGUUCAUUUUCUGGAUGUCUUAAUACGGUCACUAAACUCACUCAUGGCCGUAGCUUCAGCAAUCAGAGAUAUGCAUUCUUUGUGUUCAAAAGUCCGUGAAUUCCACCAUAAGUCUAUGUUAAUUCCUUCAAAUCGUGCCAUUUCAUUACCCGAAAAGUU